AUGAAAACUAGUUACGCAGCCAAGCGCCAAGGAGACUUCUUCGCCGAGGCCCGAGCGAGCGCGACUCCACACGAAAUCCAGCUCUGGAAUUGGCGGCCGAAAAAGAAAUCCAUACUGGUACUCCGGGGCUAUGCGCGAGGGCCUGAUCCUGCUUGUGCCGUCUUUGUACAAGCUCUGGCAGCGCUCCAGUUCUCCACAGUACGCGCGCGCAUCGUCCCUUCCAAUGACUACGAUGACUUGCCAGAGAGCUUGAUCGACACAUCGCCGCCGCCGUUGACGGGCUCAUCGGCUUCCGAGUCGCUCAAGCGACAGCAAAUGGCAAUCGAUCCGGGUGCUGGACGCCGCUGCAUGAAGAGAUAUAGAUACUAA